AUAUUGUACAUAAAAUUUAAAACAUUUGAGAUCAAUAUAUGGCGAGACUCCCACUUUGCGGCAAUCUACAGAUGGAAGGGAGGGACGUAAUCUUCCAUGCAUCACCCUUCCCUCCCUCGGUGUCUCGGAGAAGCCAUUCCCUCGCAGUUUCUGCAGCUAACUUGGGAAACUUUUCACUCGAUUCCAUAUUCAAGAGUUGCAAAACGUGUGGAGGCAAAGGAGCUAUAGAGUGCCCUGGUUGCAAGGGGAGCGGAAAGAAUAAGAAGAAUGGGAAUGUGUUUGAGAGAUGGAAGAUUUGGAAUGAAGAGUUGCCCCAAAUGCGGGAAGGGAGGGUUGACGCCUGAGCAGAGAGGAGAGAGGUAAAACACAAGAGCCAAUUAAACACACUUCAUAAACAUAAUGUGAUCCAAUAGUUGUGUUUAAGCAAAGAAUCAAAGAGAGAGCGAACAUGGGCUUCAUGGUCUGAAUGAAAGGAGCAAAUCUUGCAUGUAUGUGAUUAAA